AGCUGGCCCGGCUGUCCCGGGUGAGCCGGGCAGAGCCCGGCCACAGCCCCACGUCCCACUCGGCAGCACCUCUCAUUUCUCUCUUUUCUCUCCCUCCCCAGGCUAGCGGUACGGGGCUGGGACCCCGGUGAUGCCGUAAGAACCGCGGCUAGUGGGGAGGAUUCGGAAAAGCCGGAGUUUGCGGCGAGCUGCCCGGGGUGAGCUUAUUCCAUGUCGGAGAAGCAUCGGCACCCCUGCCCCGUGCCACCCACUCCCCCUGCCCAGGAGAGGAGAGGGACGGCUCGCCGAGAGCAGCUUAAGCAAAGGAAAAGGUGACCAGGAUGCUGCACCAUGGGAAGCACUGGAGGUCCAUGUGCAAGGGGCUCGUCCUGGGGACCCUCCUGACCAGCUUCAUGCUGCUGCUCUACUCCUAUGCCAUCCCUCCGCUGCAAGUCAGCAUGACAGAGAUCCCUGUCCCCUCCUCCUGCUCCUCCUACCCAGCCCCCGGCAAGGCGCUGGCAGCGGCCAACGGCACGGGCAGCCCUUCGGGAGGGAGCUGCCUGCCCAAGCUGAACAUCAUGUUCAUGAAGACGCACAAGACAGCCAGCAGCACCAUCCUCAACAUCCUCUUCCGUUUUGGGGAGAAGCACCGCUUGAAAUUCGCCUUCCCCAACGGCCGCAACGACUUCUACUACCCCUCCUACUUCGAGCGCAGCCAGGUGCAGCACUACCGGCCGGGCGCCUGCUUCAACAUCAUCUGCAACCACAUGCGCUUCCACUACGAGGAGGUGCGCAAGCUCCUGCCGGCAGAUGCCACCUUCGUGACGGUGCUGCGGGACCCUGCCUACCUCUUCGAGUCCUCCUUCCACUACUUUGGGCGCGUCAUCCCCCUCACGUGGAAGCUGACGGGGGAGGACAAGCUGGCAGAGUUCCUCCGGGACCCCUGGCACUACUAUGACCCCAACGGGUUCAACGCUCACUACCUCCAAAACCUCCUCUUCUUUGACUUGGGCUACGACAACAACAUGAACGCCAACAGCCCGCUGGUGGAGGAGCACAUCCAGGAGAUAGACCGCCGGUUCCACCUCGUCAUGUUGCUCGAGUACUUCGAUGAGUCCCUGGUGCUGCUGAAGGACCUGCUGUGCUGGCAGCUGGAGGACAUCCUCUACUUCAAGCUCAACGCGCGGAAGGGCUCCACCGUCUCCCGGCUGACACCUGAGCUCUAUGAGAAAGCCACGUCCUGGAAUCUCAUCGACGCCAAGCUCUACCGCUAUUUUAAUGCCACCUUCUGGCGUAAAGUGGAGGCCUACGGGAGGGAGCGGAUGGCCAAGGAUGUGGCUGAGCUGCGGCGGGAGAACGAGAAGAUGAAGAGCAUCUGCAUCGACGGGGGACACGCUGUGGAUGCCAGCGCCAUCCAAGAAUCCUCCAUGCAACCCUGGCAGCCGCUGGGGGAGAAGUCCAUCCUGGGCUACAACUUGAAGAAGAAGAUCAACAAGAAGCACCAGAAGCUGUGCCGCAAGAUGCUGACGCCAGAAAUCCAGUACCUGACUGACCUGGGGGUCAACCUCUGGAUCACCAAGCUGUGGAGCCAUGUACGGGACUUCCUGAAGUGGUAGGGGACAGUGGGCACCCCGUUCCCCCCAGGGAAGAACCAGGUGCUUUCCUUUUUCUUACUUCAUGGUGUCUUUUGGUUGGACGUGAGCAGAACUGGCCAGAGGCUCUGGCACCCGGGAACGCUGGGAGGACUUUCUGUCACUGUCCUGCCGAGCCUCCACCUGGGCCUGGAGGGGACACCAAUGUCACCCACCAGCAGGAGGAGCGGAGCCUCCCUGCCUCUGAGGGGUCCAGGACUGGCGGUUUGGGGGUGGGUUUUUUCCAGCAGGAUCCACUUCUCCCUUCCCCACGGAAAGGCAGGAGGAGGUGUUGGUGAAGGACGUGGCCUCGUCACAGCGGGAGCAGGACAUCCAUCACCAGGUGGCGGUGCGGGCAGGGAUGUGCCCUGCUGGUGGUGGCAGGGAACCCCAACCUCAAGGAGCUCUUCUAAUCACCCCAUUUCCCUUGAGCCCUGGUUUUGGGGCUGCAGGUCAGGGCCUGCUGCACCACUCCAGCGGGUUCCAGCCCAUGGGUGUGAUGAGCACAGCACAUUCUCAGCCCACCCACAGCCAUCGGUCCCUGGCGGGCUGCCACCCGGAGCCACCCGGAGAAUGGAAAACCCACCCCAAAAGCCCCCGCCUUCAUCAGCAGGCUCAUGGCCCCCAUGGGUGAAGGGUGGCCAUGCAGCAGGUCCUCUCCCAGCCCCACAUCGUCCCAGUUAGAGGGCCCUGGUCCCUGCAGGGGACAUCCCGGGAGGUCCAUGGGGUCUGGUGAGAACUGGUGUGGGGAGGAGGAGAGCAGGGUCCGGUGGCCGCCGUCCCAGUGAUGCCAUCCCUCGGGCACAGGGGGAAUGCCAAGGACGAGGUGUGUGUGUGUGUCCCCCUGGCCGUGGGGCAGACAGCCCUCAGGCGUCCCAGCCGGGCUGGAUGACAUCGGCAACGCCGCGUCCUGCCGAGAGCGGCCCUGGCCGGGCAGAGCGGUGGCACCCGCAGCUGAGCUGCCCCCGCGGCAGAGGGACCCCCGCCGGCCCCCCCGCCCGCCUUCUGCUCCCUUUGUAAAGCCCAGAAAUAAAAAAAGCAAUUCUACUUUUGUAAAAUAACUGUAUAUUUGGCAGUUUUUAAUAUAAGAAUUAUCCA